AUGGCAGGUCUGAAGGAGGUCUUGUACACCAUCUCUUCUUUCCCACUUGCCGUGCUCAAGCUUCAAUGCCCGUUCUGCUUGAACUGGUACAACAGGCAAUAUGACUGUGGAAGGUCUGUACCACUCCCCAGAUGGAAAGAGGACCCCAUGCAGUUUGGCAACAUCACCGCCCAUGUGUACCAAACAUGCAAGGCUACCAUUCCAUUGCCAGUGCAUGAGAACCGUAUAAAUGCCAUCAAGCAGUUGAGCAGUACCCCUGCCUGCUGGGUGCUCAAACCUCGCAAACGCCUUGAUGCCGCUGUGCUGGCGAACUGCUACCCACCUAUUUCUGGAGACUUCCAUGUUCUGCUUUGGUCCGCCGCAAUUGGCGACAGCAGCGCAGCGCUGCUGCCCAAGCAGGCAGGCUCUAGCUCUAGCUCUGGCUCUGCUGCCACCUCUACCACUGCACCAGAAGUGCCGCUGCGCGCUCCAGCUGGCCACCCACCUCCCCCUCCGAUCCCAGUGUUCUCAGCUUCCCACAUAGCAGACGGACCACCUGCUUGCUACGCCACGCUGGGAUGUCCUCUGUGGCUCAGCAAGCUGAAGAUACUGCUUGGCGUUCUCCUUUCACUUGCUGCACCACCAGUCACCGCAAUCGUGCCUGGUGCGGAGAGCGCUAGUCCGCACGUUUUGCUCCACGCUCCGGAGCUUGCAAAGUGCGAUCCACGGCUCAAAGCCCUUCUCAGUGUUCUCAACCUUGGAGAGCUGCGAGCAGCCCGUGAUGCCCUGCUUGCGGCCGUGUCUCGCCUAGGUGAACUGGGGCCUGCAGCCACAGCAGAAGACCUCAAGUGCAUGCACGCCUGCUUCCACAACUUGUCGAAGCAGGUUCUCAAGUCUGAGUUAAGUGCACAGCAGACAGUCUCUGGGCCUGUCGAUGUCAUCCUUGUACUGUCUGCCCUCAAGCUUGACGGGCGGUGGAAUCCUGACCCUAACUCGACAUUACCCACAAUACAAACCUCAAUAUACUAUACCAUUGACUCUACCGGUUCGGCAUGGACGAGCGACUCGGUGUUGCGCGUGCACCUCAAGUCGAUAUGCAUGUCGGCACCACGUGCACGCUUUCUCUCCCACAACACCCGGCUCUCAAACGACAAAUUGACCAACUUCGAGUUAUAUAUGGUGCCUACUGAUGCUGGCGAGGAGCAGGCCACCCUCGAAGCUGAUGAAGGUGGUGAAGGAGGAGGGGCUGAUGUCGCUGACGUUGAUGAGGACGAGGAUGAGGAGGAUGAAGUUGGCAGCAAGGGGGAUGAAGAGGAAGGCGGCAAGGAGGAUGAAGAGGAAGGCGGCAAGGAGGAUGAAGAGGAAGGCGGCGAGGAAGAUGAAGAGGAAGGCGGCGAGGAAGAGGCAGAAGGGAAUAUUCUGCCCCAAACAGACCAGCUGUUGUCUUAUUUGAAGGCUAAUAUUCAGUGGACUUCACCUUUGCCCACUGACAGCCCGGGUGAUGACAACUUGCCAAAAUCGACUGUGGUCAAUCGCAUGAAGGCAACACACACCACAGUAUACCUCCCUGCACUGAAUUAUCCUAGCCGGAUGCAGCUUGCCCAGGCCGACAACAAUGGACAGGUUGCAACCCUGCAAUCUCACUCGCCUGGCUCCCAGACAGUCCCCAUGCAGAGCUUGCAAGGCGCUGCAACAUUUGCUGUGGCCAAGCUCGCUGCUUUGCUGAAUAAGCUACUAGAACCCUGUGGGACGUCCUAUGGCGGGCUCUGCAUUCCCCGCGAGCUACUAGUUGACAACACCACUUCUGCCGACAGCUUCUUGGAGUUGCAUGAUAUUGCCCAGCAUCUCGAUCCUCUUCAUGACAGUGCUAUGGAAUUCAUUUGGUCAAAAGUUUGCAAAUGCCAUGAUUCCUUUGAUGACACUGCUCUGGCCCUCUUCCUCGCCGAUGAUCUGGAAUUCCAGCAGUUCCUUGCUGCCAGCCAGGCGUAA